GGAAAGAGAGCCGAUUUCGAAGCGGCUGAUAGGUGGACUCAAAUGCCGCAGUCCCAAUGCCACCAACAGAAUUUGAGAUCUUCCAUCGAUAUCGCUGAAGUAGAGAUGGGCGUCAUGCCUGCAGAAGAGAUGGGCAGUGGCAAUAAGACGGCACGACCAGGGGCUCCACCAUUGCUGAAGAGCUACCGCUGGCCUUGGUACGAGCUGCUCCUCUACGGCAGCGUCAUAGCCGCGGCAUUCCCUUAUGUGUGCUGGAUUGGCUACAGCUACUCCAACAAGCUGGAGCUGUGGCAGCUGGAUGACCUGGGCAUACUGCCCGGCUGGAUAGGCCAGCGGCACAUCGACAUGUACGACUUCCAGUGGGAGGGAAUCCGCAAUGCACUGCCCAUUCUCACUCUCGGGGCCAUGGCACACGUCGGCGGCAGCCGGCUGCUGAGGGUCUAUCUGGCAUCGACUCGGGAGGAGGGUGGUGAUGAUGGCGGUGCGGAGAGGGACGCGCCCCUUCUUGCCUACCACCUGCUGUUUGGGAUGGUGUAUGUGUGCUAUCUGCAUGGUUGCGGCACCUUCUGGCUGCUCUCCCUGGUGCUGGUCAACUUCUGCAUCAGCCGCCUGUGUGCGGCAGGCCACUCACUCGGCCCCGCCCUCACAUGGCUAUUCAAUGUGACCAUCCUCCUGACCAAUGACUACUUCGCCGGCUACCGAUUUGAGUGGAUCCAUCCGCGGCUCGGUGCGCUGGACCAGGAGCCCUUCAUCGGCGUGUCUCGGUGGCAUGUGCACUUCCCCAUGGUGACGCUGAAGCUGAUAUCGUUCAACAUGGACCUCUACUGGGCCGUCACGCGCAGGAAGUCGCCAUUGCACGGGAGAGAUGAGUUCCUGUCUUACCGAUAUCGGCAGGAGACCCACCAGCCGAUGGCCGCCUACUCGACACUCGCGUACCUCUCGUAUGUGCUGUACCCGCCUCUCUACCUUGCAGGGCCUACUGCGUCUUUCAACGCAUGGAGGUCACACAUGCACGUCAACACGCCGCAGGUCGCCUACUCACCGAUGCAAAUCGGGCUGUAUGGGCUUCGUUGGCUGGGGAACUUGCUGUGUUUCGAGGUCUUUCUGCACUUCAACUAUGCGAAUGCGAUCGCGUCGAGUGUGUACGACUGGUUCUGGCGGAGGCUGAGCGUGGCUGAGUUGGGCCUCUGUGCCUUCUGGACGCUGUUCUUCAUCUGGAUGAAGUUCCUGCUCAUCUGGCGCUACUUCCUCCUGUGGGCGCUGUGCGAUGGGGUGGAAUGCCCGGAGAACAUGAACAGAUGCGUAUACAACAACUACAGGUGCCUGUGUCUCGUGUGACUGACUCACCGACAGACACCCUUGGUCGUCUCUGUGUGUGUGUAUAUAUAUGUGUGUGUGUGUGUGUGUGUGUGUGCAGCACAGAGCAAUUUUGGCGCAGCUGGCACCGGGCCUUCAACCAGUGGUUGCUGCGGUACAUAUACUUCCCUUUGGGAGGCUCGGCCUACAAGCUGGUCAAUGUGUGGGUGGUAUUCCUGUACGUGGCCGUAUGGCACGACGUGCGGUGGCGGCUCUUGAGCUGGGCGGCACUCGUGUGCGUCAUCAUCGCACCAGAGAUCCUCGUACGCAUGCUCGCCGCCACUAAACCCAUCGCACCCAUGCAGACGAACAAGUGAGAAAGGGCUGGCACACAUGUGCUCAUGUGCGUAUUCGCGUAUUGUCAUGUGGCUGUCUCUCCGUGUGUGUCAGUUGGUUUCGGUAUGUGAUCGCGGUCGGGGGGUCGUUCAACGUGUUUCUGCUCAUCGCCGCCAAUCUCGUGGGCUUCUCGUUCGGUCAGAGACGCUGAAGACACACGUGCAGAUGCCCUGUGUGUGUCUGUGUCUGUGUUGAUGCCUCUGCUGUUGUGUCUGCAGGCUUGGAGGGCCUGAAGCUGUUCAUAUCUCGCCUGUUCGGCUCGCGUGAGGGCGUGUGGUUCAUGUGGGGGUCGUUUGUGACUGUGUUUAGCGGUGUCAAUCUGCAGCUGUGGAUCAGAUCGAGGCAGCACACCAACUACUGACGUCAUUGCGCGUAUAGAGGAUGCGCCUGUCUGUGUGUCUGGCUUGGUGUACGUGUUGUGCAAAUGGCUGCGUGUACAUAGCGGGACUGCAAGUGUCUCUCCUCGUCAUGAAAUGUGUCUCAC